UGGAUUUUGACCGGAGUGGACUUAUUAAGAUGAAGAAGUCAAUUAAAGCCAUUUAUAAUUCUGGAAACCUACACGUAGCCAAUGAACUGUAUAUGGCAGAAAACCUGGAGAAGCUGGGAUGGAAUGCCUUGAAUAAAGAACAGGAACAAGAAAUCGGGGCCGCCUUUCUCAAGUUUGCAGUCGUCACAAAGGAGUUGUCAGCACUCAUGAAAAACUUGAUGCAGAACCUGAACAAUAUUGUGAUGUUUCCACUUGAUUCCUUUGUGAAGAGCGAGUUGAAGGGAGGGAAAGGUGAUCUCAAAAAGCCCUUUGACAAAGCCUGGAAGGAGUACGAGUCCAAAUUUACAAAAAUCGAACAAGAAAGAAAGAAAAUUGCCAAGGAAGCAGGCUUCCAUAAGGCAGAAAUCUCAGGACCAGAGAUUGCGGAGGAAAUGGAGAAAGAAAGAAGGAUGUUUCAAUUACAGAUGUGUGAUUAUCUGGUCAGAGUGAAUGAAAUCAAAACUAAGAAGGGAGUGGAUCUCCUGCAACACAUGGUGGAAUUCUAUCACGCUCAAACAAAUUUUUACCACGAUGGUCUAAAGACGAUAGAACACUUCAACAGUUAUAUCCUGGAGCUGGUGACGACACUUGGCGCCAUCAAACAGCGCCAGGACCAGGAGAAACGCCAGCUGAUAGAACUCCGAGAAGAACUUAAGGGAUCCAUGACCACGCUGUACAAAGAGGUACACCAGUGA